GUGGAUUUGCCAGAAUAAGAGCCAACUUUAAAAGCCAGAAAAAAAGAAGCAAACAACCAACGAACUCUACUCCUAAUUGUAUAAUUUUGUGUAUGUGCUAGUGACUGUGUGUGCGUGAGGGGCUACCAAGUGAGUCCCAGAAGACAAACGAACUAUGAGUGAGGGCGUGACCGGGCUGAAGGAGUCUCUGAAUCUCAACAGCGAUCUACCGCCGGCCGUGUCCACGUCAUCGACUGGUUCCCUGAACGCUGCCACCGCUGCUGCUGCUGCCGCCUCUGCCGCUGCCACUUGUCAGGCCAAUGUGGUGACCAUUCCAGUGCCCAUACUGCAGUCGGAGGGUAACUUUGCCUACAUCACCGUCAAGGGAUCCCUUCACGAUUACACCUGUACCGUUUUUGGACUAAACCAGGCCGAAGUUCAGGCUCUAUCAAAGCGCUUCGAGAGCGGCGUCAAGGCGUGCGUGAAUGGUAUUAUGGUGGCAGUGUCGCCGAUGGUUAUGCUAAACACUUUGGCCCAGUUGAGCUAUAAGGUUGUCUGCAGUUGUGGCGAGGCCGAGAUCUGUUGGACUAUGCAGCGUGAGGUGUAA